AGAACUUACAUUUCGCAGUGUUUCAUUUAUAUCCUUAUACUCGGAGCCUCUCGCCUUCAAGUAGCGCAGCUGGCAAACUUCGCAAACGCCGCAGGAUCUUAGAAAAUCUACCAAUUCUUGAUUUUUCAUGGCUUUUUAAAAAAAUAAACAAAUUUUUGUAAACAAAACGUGUUGAGCGGUUCGUGAGUUGGCCAACACUGCCAGCUGUCAUUGGUUCGAGGCAUUAGCCAACACUACUCGGCUGGCACACAGAAAAUACAAAAUAAUUGUUUUCAUUGCAAAUCUUUAGCAAGUUAAGCAAAAAUGUCGCUGUCUCCAUUUUUGCGCCUCCCCUUGACCGAUUUAACCGGCUGUUUGAUCAACCAUCAAACCUACGACAAAUGCGGACAAUUCGAAAUGAAAAUGAUGGAAUGCUUUGAGGCCUACGGCCUGGAGCGCGGUAAGCGUGAAUGUGCCGACCUAAUUUCCGAUUUCCAGGAGUGCGUUGGCAUGCAAAAACAGCUCUUGCGAUUCCAUGCCAUGCGAAAUGAACGCUACAAGCAGUGGCUCAAGGGAGAGCGCAAGGGCAACGAGUUCUACGCUGAUUCCCCUCGUGUGGAUGCCUAUUAAAUGGGGUGGAAUCUUUAUUGAGUAAAAGCAUAUUGUAUAGCCGCAAAUUGUGUAAAAAAUAAAGAAAAUUAAAAUUAA